UCGGCAUUAUCGCACUAAUACGGACUUAAGAUUAAUAAAAAAAAAAAUGUUCAGGUACGCGAGUUUGUUAUUAGUGUCUUGUUUGUGGUGGCAUGGAAGCUUGGAACUCGUGCCGUUGCCGGACUUUAUCCACCCCUGUGCUGAACUCACAGACGAGUGCUUCACCAAAGCAACCCUUGAUGCAUUACCCGGGAUCGUCAAAGGCAUCCCAGAAGCUGGUAUCCCAAGUCUGGAUCCCCUCCUCCUGGACAGAAACAUCAGUAUGAACCUUCCUGGCAACCUAAAAAUGACCUUCCACAAUGGAAAGCUUAUAGGUCUCAGCACUUGUGUACCAGAUAAAGUUUCGUCGCGGCGCGAGAAACGCACAUUUAUCUUCGAGCUGCACUGCAACUUCACAAUCAAGGGCCACUACAGCCUGCAAGGUCGACUGCUGCUUUUCAACCUGGACACCGAUGGUAACGCGAAGAUUAAAAUCUGGAAUCAACGAAUACGUCUCGAAGUGCUGGAGAAGGUGGUGAAAAACGACAAGGGCGACGGACACUACAAAAUCAACUCGUAUAAGUACAAAGCUGACUAUGGCACCGAUCUCAAACUUAAUCUCACAAAUCUCUUUAGAGGCAGCGCUGAAAUUAGUGCUAACGUCCUACAAGUAUUGAACUCGAACUCGCAACUGGUUGCACAGGAAUUUGGCGGACCGAUCCUGGACUACGCCAUCGACUACGCCAUGAACGUCACGCAACGAUUCUUCGACACUUACACGUACGACCAACUCACGCAUAUACCACUCACUCAGGAGUUCUUUGAGAAGGAGUAGCCUUUACCAACAGUGGUGUAGAAUAAAUGGCCGUGCAGUGGUUAUGAUGGGAGCACUCCGUGUACAACAUGUUUCUUUCUAAUACAUGUAAGGGACCUGCAUUACAUCUUGAUGAAAUAUGAUGCUUAUCUAAAGUAAAGGCCUACGUUGGAAAACUAAAUGUUAAAUUGUCACUAAUUACACUCAGACGCAACACCGACGUAAUAUUAAAAGGCUUCCCUACGUAAAAAAGCUAUAUGUGAUGUAGUAAACUUUGUCAAAAUAUCUUUAGCUACUGCAGAGCAAUUAUAUUCUAUCUUAAGUUGUAUUAUAGUUGUACUCUGUUCGAAAACAACCAACCGCACGGUCAUUUUGAACGUAGACUC